AUCCAUAAACUGCAUGUUCGCGUUCGCGCCCUGCGCGCCCUGCGGCAUCGGUCGCGGUAUGUCCGCCAUAUCUCGCCGUUCCGUCGCGCGCGCGUCCGCGUCGCCCGAGACGCGCGUCGCGGUCGCCCGUCGCGCGUCGCGGUGCGUCGCCAACGGGACGCGGCGCGCGCGUCUCGGGCGACGCGAGUCUCACACACGGACCACGACGCCCGCGACCGCGCGCGGUCUCCUCGCGACCCGCGCGCGCGUUCUCUUCGCGACGCGCGCGACGCGAACAUGCCGUCCAACAAGACUUUCAAGGUGAAGAAGAUUUUGGGGAAGAAGCAAAAGCAAAACCGCCCGCUUCCCCAAUGGAUCCGCAUGCGCACGGGUAACACCAUUCGCUACAACGCGAAGCGUCGACACUGGAGACGCACCAAGCUCAACUUGUAA